UAUGGAAGAAAUUGUUAAUGGAGAAGAUGAUGUCGAGCCGUAAUUUACAUUUAUUACACAUACCCGAACAAUAUAAUAUCGUAUUUCAGUGAUGAAGAAACGAAUUGAGAUAGCUUCUAUUAAUAGCCUAGAUUAAAUUUAAGUUCCAUUAAGCAUAGAUUAAAUUAUCUAUUGGCUAUAUGAUGAAGGUCGAGAAAUAGCUUUUGGAUUAAGAUAGGGAGAUCUUAUUAAUUAUUACUAUGGAGAUGAGAGUGAGUUAUCACAUUUUCGUAUAUUGAUUGGGUGCAAAAUUUCAUUUGGAACAUUUAAAUAAGAUUAUUUGGUUGGUGAUUUAUUGGGAAAAGGCACAUUUUCAGAAGUAUGAGUUCUUCUAUGACCAGGUAAUGAAGGUGACUUCUUUGAGGGAUGGCAAAGAGUAUGCAUUAAAGAAAAUCAAAUUACGUAACGAGGCUCAUUUAAAGAAUAUUGAAAUUGAGGUAGCUAUAUUGCAUAGGUUAAAUCAUGAAGGCAUUAUCAAAUUAUAUGAUGUAUAUAGAUUAAAUGAAGAGACAUAUGGAUUAAUUACUGAAUUAGUCAUAGGACAAUCUCUGGACUCAAUUAUUAAUAAACAAAAAGUAAGGUUUUAAAUAAAUGGUUAGUAAAAAAAGAGCAAGUUGGAAGAACGAGACAUUUAAAUGAUUCUUAAAUAAACUCUUUAAAUCAUAGAUUAUUUACAUUAGAAUAAUAUAAUCCAUAGAGAUAUUAAACCUUAACAUAUGAUUUUAUGUUAAAAUAAAACGAUUAAGAUAUUAGAUUUUGGUUUAAGUUCUAAUGAGAGUUAAAUAUCUUGUAAUUGUGGUACUCCUGGUUAUUUACCACCUGAAUCAUUUCGAGAACAAUCAUUAUACACAUCUAAAGGAGACAUAUUCAGUUUAGGAGUUGUUUUUUAUAAGUUAUUGAAUAGAGGAGUUAGUUGUUUUGAUGCAAAUACACUCGAAUCAGUAAUGAGUAAAAAUAGACGUUGCACAAUUGAAUAUCAAAUCAAUGGAUAUUCACCUCAAGCUCUGGUACAUUUUUGAAAUGAAUUCUAAGCAUUUGCUCAAAUAAAUGCUUCAAAAAGAUCCAGUCUUAAGAAUCAAUUCAUACGAUGCGCUGAAUCAUACUUAUUUUACUGUCCUCCGAGAAUCCCAGAAUCUAAAAGAAGAUAAAGGGAAUAUUUAUGUUUACUAAGCUCAUCCUAGGCCAUCCCAUUUAUCUAGGACAAACAGUGGUGAGUUAGAUAAAACUUCAAAAUGAUUGU